AUGCUGUUUGUCGCUUCCGAUAGCAAGUCACAACUUAUCGACCUUGGUACAAAGACUGUUUACAGGGCGUAUUCAACUUCCCAAUUGGAGCGUCAUGCAGUAACCUACUGUUCAUCGUCAAGGAUGAUAGUUGCGCACCAGUCAAAAGGUUGUACGUCAUUCUUCUCUCCAAGUACUCAGCAGCCGUUGCAGCGCAGCUUUACAUCGGAAAUCAUUACAUGUUCUUUGUGUACGCAUGACGGCGUAUUUAUUUUUGGAGGAACCAUAAAUGGCAAUAUUUAUGUAUGGAACACACUUUCUGGAGAGCUCAUAAACCUUGUUAGAGCACACUCCCGACGUGUGACAGACAUUACCAUUUCUUCUGAUCAGUCACUUAUCGUUACUGCAUCUGAAGAUUCUGUAUGCAAGGUUUGGUUCUUUGCCGCACUUGUGUCUCGUGGUGUUAAGAUUCCAGCACCUCGUUUUGUUUUUAAUGGUCAUACAUUGUCAGUUAAUGCUUGUGUCUUUAUGGAAACUGGUUAUUUAGUUGUGACGGCUUCUUCUGAUCGUACUUCUCGUAUAUUUGAUGCUCUUACAGGUCAACAACAACUAGUUAUAACAGUUGACGAUGCAUUAACAUCGGUUAAGACUUCCCCCAAUGAUGAUGUUCUGAUCUUGGGAUCUGCGGUUGGAUCGCUUUUCUUCGUAACACUGUAUGGUAAUGCAUCCCAGUCGUGUCUACCGACGUCAUUGAGUAGACGCGAUGAUAAUGUUGUUGUGCGUAAAUCCUUUGAGGGUGGUCACAGUGGAGCCAUUUUAUUUAUUUGGUUUGAUGUUGCUAGGCCAGAAUACGCUAUUGUUGCAAGUGAAAAUGGCGUUUUGCUGUGGUGGAAUACCGCAACACGAAGAGCACAUAAUGAAGUGUUCCCUCGUCUCUCUGACGGUUUGUUGAGUGUCUGUUACGUCCCAAAAGAUGCUGUUUCUCCACCAUCAACAUAUCCGUUUUCUCCUUCGCGUUCCAUUGCUGGUCUUGCAAAACACCCACUUGAUCCUUCCAGCGCACUCUUCUCUAUUGUGACAGUCUCUGAUGGCGAAGCAGCGGUGAAAAAACAUAUAAUCACAGAGACAGCGGAAGUGACAUCAGUUUCUCGUAGGCGUCAACGUCAGUCUGACGGUAAUGCUGACAACUGCAAUUGUAAAUAUGAUGAUAAUGAUAGAACUGAAACAACCGAUAACAGAGAUAGUGAUGAAGCUUCCAGUAGGAAAAAGAGAUGUCUCUUUGAAGCCCUGUGUUCGUUACAACAAAAGAAUGACGAACUGGAAACUCUUAGAGACAAGCUUAAACGAAAACUUCUGAGGUUAAAUGCCUCAUAA